UUUUACUUAAGGACGAGUUAUCAUAGGUGACUUGUCGUAUGUGAAUAAGAUAGAUGGUCUAUUGGAGAUUCGGAGCUAAUUCAGUUGUGGUUUUCCUAGAUUGUGCCCAAGGGUUGUAGUGGGUGUCAUGUAGACAUCUGUUGGUUAUUGAAGUGGUUUUGCUUGGAACAUGGACUACUGGCGUUUGCUUAGCCUUAUAUUAGGUCCAUCCUACAAUCAGCUUUCUGUGGUGCUGUGAGGGAAUUUGAUUAUUAGUUAUUUUUAUUGAAACAAAAUUUGUGUUGCUGACCAAGUAGUCGGGACAUAGUUGGAUCAACUAUUGUUAUUGCCUCUUGGACUUGCUUUUUUUCCCCUGCAAGAGUGUUAUGUUUUAUCCUGGAAAUAUAUGUCCUUUCUUAAGCAAUUCAUCCUUUUUAUUUGGGUGGAGGGUUCCUCUCUAGCACAAGGAUAGCCCUCAAGGAAUAUAUUGUUUUUCUGAUUACGAAGCCUGGAACACAGAGGUUUCCUAUUGCAGCCCUGUUUUCUAGAUUGCUUAAUUUGAACAACACAAGUUAUGUUACUUGGAUUGGGGUAUUGGUGUCCGGUGCGGGUAUUUGUCUGUUUAUUUUACUUUUUAGGAUAAAAUGGUUUUUACAAGGUGUCAUGGAGCAUUGCAUAAUAUGAAGUUUUAUGCAUAAUUUUAUAGUAAAUUUAAAGAAAUGUUAAUAAAUUCUAAAAUCCAUUUCAUUGUCAGUAGCGACAGGUCUUUACUAAAUAUUUUUUUCUGGAUGAAUGUCCAACUACACGUCUGACCCUUAGUUAAGUGUCGAAUGCCCAAUAUGGAUACUUUUUACAUUUAGAAGAGUCCAUGAUACAUAGCUAAAUUUAAUGACUUUUCCUUUAACCAUUUGAAUUAAUCAUUUGAUUCCAAAUUAUUUAUUAUUAUAUUUUUUAAGCUGAAUCGUUUUUGAUAUAUGAAAUUUGCAGAUGGGUGACGUAGCCAAGGACCUAGUUGCUGGGACUGUUGGUGGGGCAGCGCAGUUGAUUGUUGGACACCCCUUUGAUACGAUCAAGGUCAAACUCCAAAGCCAACCCACACCACUCCCAGGUCAACCUCUGAAAUACUCGGGUGCUAUGGAUGCUGUCAGAAAAACGAUAGCAUCAGAAGGCCCAAGUGGUCUGUACAAAGGUAUGGGGGCACCUCUUGCCACUGUGGCAGCCUUUAAUGCUCUCCUAUUUACAGUUAGAGGACAAAUGGAAUCUUUAUUGAGAUCUGAACCUGGUGCGCCUCUGACCGUCAAUCAGCAGAUAAUUGCUGGGGCUGGGGCUGGAGUUGCCGUCUGCUUUUUGGCUUGCCCCACUGAAUUGAUCAAGUGCAGGUUGCAAGCACAGAGUGCUCUAGCAGAUUCUGGUUCAGCUGCCGUGGCAGUGAAGUAUGCAGGACCAAUGGACGUGGCAAGGCAUGUUCUCCGAUCAGAAGGCGGUAUGAGAGGUCUCUUCAAGGGCUUAAUUCCCACUAUGGCACGAGAAGUUCCUGGAAAUGCUGCAAUGUUUGGCGUCUACGAAGCCCUGAAGCAGUACCUUGCGGGAGGGCAAGACACAUCCAAGUUGGGAAGAGGUUCUUUGAUUAUAGCAGGAGGCUUGGCUGGAGCUUCCUUCUGGGUUUCUGUCUACCCAACCGAUGUUGUCAAGAGCGUAAUUCAAGUUGAUGAUUACAAAAAUCCCAAGUUUUCUGGCUCGAUUGAUGCUUUUAGAAAGAUUGUGGCCUCGGAGGGAGUGAAAGGCUUGUACAAGGUUUUUGGACCUGCCAUGGCUCGAAGUGUUCCAGCAAAUGCAGCAUGCUUCUUGGCAUAUGAAGUAACAAGAUCUAGUUUGGGAUGACAAAAUAUUUUGAAUGAAAUUCUAUUUUUUCGAAUAUGUUAAAUCAUGUUCGGUUAAGAUUUCUGCACAAUUCAUUUUUGGAGCCAGAAGAAAGUUUCAUUGACAAAAUAACGUACUUUUAAAGUUUCAUUUUCACGUUAAUUAUGCCUUUUGACAUGUAAUGCACGCUCAAGCUGGCGAGUUAUUUCAAAAUAGGAACAAAAAUGGAAGAAGAUUGUGCAUCAGAAAUCUGUUUUGGGUGAUCUAAUUCAUUUUUGAGCUUGUUUUUA